AUGGAGUCUCUGGAGCACCUCCCCCAGGAGGCGGUACCACCCACGCGGGACAACCCCUACGGAGGUCAAGAGGCCAGGAACAUGGCAUACGCACGAACGAGAAGCUCGCAAGGGCAAGGGGGGCACGCGUUCCUGAGAGCGGCUCCCACCGACCGAGCUCGAGAGAUUCCAUCGAACGAAUUCGUCUACGCGACGAGACGCGCCUUGGGAGUUGAAGAAUUCUUGGCGGAAAGAUGUCCCAGGUGCCACAGAGGCAGGGAAGGCGAGAUCAUCACAACGGUGCACGCAAGGACCUGUCGAAGGGAUGGAGCACAGGUCAACAUGCACGAGCCGUUAAAAUACGCACUAUCGAGAGCACUCAACGGCCUUCGCGUCAAACACGACGUUGAAAGCGGGGCACCGUUCACGGGGGAAAGAAACCUGAGCAUGGACAUCGUCAUCAGGCCAGGAGCCCUCACGAACGCAUCUUCUCCGGGGUACCGCAACAAAGGAAUACUCCUCGAUGUCACACACGCAGACCCGCAAGCACAGGUACACUUGCGGAACGGCAGCGCGACCAGCGAUGGAAUCGCAGCCCAAGCAUCCGAGGCGCGAAAGCGUCAGCACUACGCUCGUCCGGGACACGUGUCCUUUGACGAACGCAGCUUUAAACUUACCACCUUAGCCGUGGAAAGCUUUGGCCGCCUUGGAGAGGAGGGUUACGAGUUCAUCGAUGAACUUGCGACACAUGCCGUGGGAGGAAGGGACGGAGGAACGAUGGCUCUGAAAGGAGUCUUCAAGGAACGACUUCUUCAGAUCGUUUCGGUGGCUACACAGGUGGCCAUAUCUCGGCGAGUGCAGAGGUACAAGCUCGCAUUGCGCGGGCGUCAAGACGCCGAAAACAGGCGAACAAGAUCGACCUCGGACCAGUCAACGCCAAUGAUAUGGGGAUGGAGUGUAGACGCAUCGUAGAACGCGUUUUCGUUUGAAGUUGACGUCUUGUUUGAGAGUAGAUGUGACAGAUUUGCGUAGAAUAGGGUAAGAUGUUAUCAUGAUCGGAGAUGAAAGGGCUUUUCCAACACGGAGAUGUAGCAUGGAUCAAAGCAUUUGUUGGAUUUCAGCUUUUACAAGCGGACAUCAACGCAGUAGUAUUUUAGCAAGCUUACGAACGCAUAGUCUAUAGGAUACCAUCAGGAUU